AUGCGUUCGCUCGCUCCCUCGCGCGCGUCACUCCCGCGCUUAAAUCGCGCUCGUGCGCGCGCGCGCAUCCAAGUGGCAUCCACGUCUGAAUCGUCAACCAUCCGUGAGGCGUCCGUGCGAGUCAUCUUGCAGCUCGACGACGGCGCGCUCAGACAACUGGCGCAGAGCGUGGAGGGACGACGGGUUCGCGACGAGAUCGCCCUCGAUGAUCUCGCUCGCAGAGUGCGCGCGCUGAGAGAUGCGUUACCUCGGUCGUGCGCCGCGCGAGUGUUCGAGCUCGUGAUCGAGCGACCGGGGUUGGUGUGCGACGGCGGCGCGGCGCAGGGCCGAGGCGUCGCGCGGUGCGUCGAAAAGUUAGGCGGGACGGAGGAGAUGGAGCGAUUGUGCGCCGAGUGCGCCCCUGGGUUCGCACACGUCUUGUGGAGAUUAGGUUUCUUGGAUACGGCGUUCGACGAGUGCGAACGGGCGCUCAGGGAGUGGAUUCGAGGCGAAGAGGGGUGGCACCGAGUGUUUACGAAUCGAAUAGCCAGCGAGUACGGGUACCUAGCGAUGAUGUCUCGGGUGGAGACGAAAUCGAUGGGUGGGAACGGGGUGGUUUUUAGAAACGUCAAGACGGGCGAGAGCGUGGCGUUUCGUCGGAACGAGCGUCUCACGGACGGUCAGUGA